AUGGUUUUCCACUUAAUACCUUAUCACUAUACCGGGUUGGCCCUGAAAAGGUGUAAAAAUUACAAUGAUCAGCACCCUAAUGGCUGGUAUAUCUGGUUCUUGCUGCUCAUUUUCCUGGUGGCUCUUCUCUUUGGAGCUGUGCUCUUCUGCCUCCACUGCUGGCUGAAGAGACCCCGAAUUAGUUCCCCAAGAUGCACCAUGGCCGUUUUUGCUGUUGGAGACUUGGAUCCUGCUUAUGGGAUUGAAGCAGCUGUGAGUCCAACCGUUGGAAUUCACCUUCAAAUUCAAAACCCUGAACUGUAUCAUUUUCCAUGUUUUGGAACUUUGGGUCUCCCACCUCCAUAUGAAGAAAUUCAUAAAAUAAGCCAAUUUUAGAUCUGGAUCAUUAGUUGAAAGCGUUAGAAAUAUUUUAAAUUCCAAAACAUCAAAUUUUAGAACAAUUCUUCCAUUUAGUUUGGAAUUCCCAGGCAUCAAUUAUUAUAGUACAAAAAAGACAAAAGAGAUAAUGUAGGGAAAGAAUUUCGAUCAUGGAGAGGUUUAGAUCGUGAAUUAAUGGGCUCGAUAUUUUACUGCUAUGUUGGAGCUUUUAUGCUACACAGAAAAGUUAAUGUUUCUUCAUUAUUAUCCAAAAAGAAAGUAAUUAGCUGCUAGGAGUAGCACUCCAGUACACUUUCUCUGAC